CUGGAUUUAUCUUUUCUGCUCUCUUCUCUUGGUUCUUAUCUUAGGGAUCUUAGCUCUAAUAACAUCACUGGUGAAAUUCCAUACAGCUUACCUCCCAAUGUCACCCACUUAAACUUAGCAUGCAACAAGUUAGAGCAAAAUAUACCUCAUUCUUUGCCCAAUUUUAAACUCCUCAGAAAUCUGAAUCUAAGCCACAACAUGUUGUCAGGUCCCGUUGGGAAUGUGUUUGCUGGUCUGCAAAGUCUGAGAGAGAUGUAUGAAUUCUGGCUCUCUCAGUUUCAGAAAUUGGUAGUGUGGUUGAAGCAAAGCAGGCUUAACUUCAUUUCUUCUUUAUGUGACAGGGAUCUAUCAUACAAUAACUUCACUGGAGACCUUCCUAAUUCAUUUGGAUCUCUGAGAAAUCUAACUAGAUUGUUCCUGCAGAAAAACCAGUUCACUGGAUCAGUUGUUUUCCUGGCUGAUCUUCCUCUUUCUGACCUGAACAUCCAGUCCAAUAACUUCAGUGGUGUUAUUCCAACUAACUUUCAAACUAUACCAGAUUUGUGGAUGGACGGAAAUCAAUUCCAUGUGGAACCUGGCUAUCCACCUUGGAGCUUUCCAGGGGAGAAUCCAAUUACGCAGAACUUCAGCACUCGUCCGACGACGGAGUCGAGUGCCAUAGUUGAGAAUCAUCCUGCCGCUAUAGUCGAGAACCAUCCAUCUUUCAGGCUGGCUAAACAGAAGAAGAAAUUGUUGAGCCUGGGAGGAGUCGUUUUUAUUGUUGGAGGAUUAACCCUAGUGGUUACUGGUGCAGCAAUUUUCAUUGCAAUGCGUCUGAAGCAAUCUGAUGCCUUUGCAGCCGAGACAACCAAUGCAUACGAAGCUAGCCCACCCACCUUUCUGAGUCGAAGCCGUACGCCAUUUAGUAGACAAGCGAGAGCUAAAAGAUUAUCUGGGGGGAGAAGUUUGGGUAAGAACAACAGAGCUCCAGCCAGCGCAAGAAUUUACACAGUGGAAGAGCUCCAGUAUGCAACCAACAGCUUCAGUGAAGACAACCUUAUUGGAGAAGGAUCUCUCGGUGCUGUGUACAGAGCGGAGUUUCCUGACGGCCAAGUAUUGGCAGUGAAGAACAUAAAUACAGUGUCGCUAUCUUUCGAGGAAGAAGAACGGUUGAUGGAAGUGAUAUGGACUAUAUCUCGACUUCGGCACCCAAAUAUCAUAGCCCUACUCGGUUACUGCGUUGAACACGGCCAGCACCUCCUUGCCUAUGAACACGUGAGAAGCUUGCCUCUCGAUGUGGUUCUUCACGGCCAGAGUUACAAACCACUACCGUGGAUGGUCCGUCUCAACAUCGCACUCGGAGUGGCUCGGUCAUUGGAGUACUUGCACUGCACUGUCUGUCCUCCUGUGGCUCAUGGCAACGUGAAAGCCUCGAACGUGUUGCUCGACGAAGAGCUGGUGCCGCGUCUCUGUGAUUCUGGGCUGGCUAUCCUGAGGCCCCUGACUUGCAACAGCGUCAAAGUCAAGGCUUCUGAAAUCGCACUGACUGAAACGGGCUACAUCGCACCUGAACAUGGGGAGCCAGGAAUUGAUAGUACCAAGAGCGACGUGUUUGCGUUUGGAGUGAUGCUUCUGGAGCUGCUGACUGGAAGGAAACCUUUCGACAGCUCGCGGUCGAGGAAGGAGCAGUCUCUGGUGAAAUGGGCUUCCCGCCGGCUUCACGACAGUGAGUGGUUGGUGCAGAUGGUUGAUCCAUGCAUCAACAGGAGAAGCUUGUCUUUGAAGUCUUUAUCUGGAUUUGCAGACAUCGUCUCUCUCUGUACUCAGCCGGAGAUGCAGUUCAGGCCUCCGAUGAGUGAGAUCGCAGAAUCUCUGAGUCGUCUGGUUCAGAAGAGCGGAAUUGCAGCUGCUGGUGAAGGGAUCGAUGAUCCAUUCGAUAGAUCGUUCCGUUCCACCAUUACAGGAUUUGUCAGCUCCCCCACAGUCAGCUACUACUCUCCCUAGCUGCUGAGUAUUGGUGCCCUCCAAACCCUCUCUGAUACUAACCACUGUUAGUCAAAGUUUUGAGUCUUACAUGUAUAUCAGAUUUACCUGCUACUGUUACUGCCACACCCGAACGCAGAAAAUUUUCUGAGCACUGAAAUGUUUUCUGUAAAGUUUCAUCUAUGGUCAACCAAGAUAAAAGUGCUCAGAGUAUAUUCCGGGAAUUCGAUCAUUUCUCGUGCUCA